AUGGAAAAAUUUUGGACUUCCUUUGCCGGCAUAAGAACAACUACUUCCCCUAAGGUGGAAUCAUUCGGUAAAAGACUUAUCCCAUUAAUAGCAAAUUCACUGGAGAGCUCCUCACGCCACUCCGCGUGGAAAGAGGUGAAAACUUCCCGCCUAAAAGUUUCGAACCUGAGUAAUUUUUGGAUUAAGCCCAUAGUAUCAAAAUCUCUUAAGGGCCGGGGUGGGAGAUCUGGAAGUGAGCGGGAAGAUUUUGGCCACGUGGCGGUCUCCGGCCGCGGUACAGUUGUGGAGUUGGCGGACACCGUGAAGGCCGGAAGUCACACCUGCAUAAGGAGCUCCUGGAGCUUGGGCGGAUAUGCGGCGCGAGGGGGAGAGAUAGAAAUAUCAAAAUCUUCAAGGAAUGAAAUUUCCCACAAUAUAAUAAUAAAUAUGGAAAUAAAUAAAUAUGCAAAGAAACCGAUUGCCCACAAUAUGAACUUGUUAGUGAGAGAAAAAGAAAAGAACACCCAAAUCAAAAAUCAAAUCCUCCACAGUCAAAAUCAGAGGCAUCGGAAAUCAUAUCUCCGACCAACAAACCUCCCAGCAGCCCCGCUCCCAACCCCAGCCCAAAGUUAUUCUUCUUCUUCCUCGCCGGCUGCUGCACAGGCGGCGGCGGCGGUUGAUAUCCAUACCCCGGCGGCGGUGGUGGGGGCGGGUAGCCGUAUCCUGACGGCGGCGGUGGGGGCGGAUAACCAUAUCCAACCGGAGGCGGCGGGUAUUGUUCCUUCCCCUCAACCGCAGGGGAGGGUAGACGGAGCUAGAUCCAGCCGGAUACGCCAUGACCGGCUCCGAGUCAACCUUCCCCGGGUACGCCGAUCCAUACGGCGGCGGGCCCGCGGUUUUCCCGCCGAAUUGGUAGGAAAAGGUGAGCUGUCCCUUGGGCCUCCCGCUGGGUUUCCUGACCUGAUAGCUGACGAAUUGCUUGCCGUCAGCCCUCGCCGGCGAAUCGAGAAGCUCCUUGAUUGGCACGUGGACCUCGCCGACGUCCUUGUCCCCGAGGGCACGUUCGCAGACGAGCUUGAAAUCGAGGGAGAGGCGGUUGGCCUGCAGCGCCGCCUCGUCGAGGGCGAACUUCAUCGGGAAAUUCCAGGUGGGGUUGGAUCCGCCGCGGCGGUCCGGCGGCGACUUGGUCUGCUGCUUGGCGGAUUUGUCCCCGCCUGA